AUGUGUCAGAAGCAUCACCCAGGACUCGUGUUUCUAUCUGAAACGAAGAACAAGAGGCUGCUGUUGCAAAACAUUCAGGCUGAUUUAGGAUUUGAUCGUUUAUUUACCGUUGAGCCACUUGGUCUCAACGGAGGUUUAGCUCUUUUUUCUAUGGAUGAAUUUCAAGUUAAUGUUUUAUUUUCAAAUAACAGAAUGAUUGACAUUGAGGCAGUCAUUGAUGGAAUAAAAGUCUUUAUGACGUUUGUUUAUGGGGAUCCUGUAUUAGAACGAAGAGAUCAAGUUUGGGAACGUCUUACGCGUUUCUCAACAACAAGAACUGGACCUUGGUUUAUGAUAGGUGAUUUCAAUGAGAUUACAGGUUAUAAUGAAAAAGAAGGUGGUAGACAGCCUACUGAUAGCUCAUUUCUACCUUUCAAGAAAAUGCUAAGUGAUUGUGGGAUGCUAGAAUUUCCAUACACUGGAGAUAUGCUCUCAUGGGUUGGUAAGAGAGCAGGGAGAGUAACUGUUAGAUGUCGACUGGAAAGAGCAGUAGGAAAUGCCGACUGGCAUGAAAAGUUUCCUCAUUCGAAGACGAAGUAUAUGAGGUUAUGGGGUUCGGAUCAUCGUCCGAUACUUGCUGAUAUCCUCAAAAAACCAACCAAGAGAUCGAGGAAAUUUAAGUUUGACAAAAGAUGGUUGGACAAUGAGGAACUGAGACAAGUUAUUUUGGAGGGAUGGAAAUCACCUGAUCUUCCUCCUAAUGCCUCUAUAAUGGAACAUAUUUCCAGUUGUAGAAAAGCAUUGAGCGAGUGGAGGAGACAAAAUAAUAUAAACUCUGCAAAACUGGUGGAAGAGCUUAAGGAAAAAGUGGAAGGUCUAUAUGCAGAUGAUAACGCCACAACUGAGGAGAUUGCAGUAGCUUUGAAGGAGCUUUCUGAUGCUCUUAAGGCAGAAGAAUUUUUUUGGAAACAAAAGAGCCGAGUAUUUUGGCUACGGGAAGGAGAUCGUAAUACGAAAUUUUUCCAUGCCUUAACGAAACAGAGGAGAGCAAGGAACAAGAUCACUCAGCUUCUGGAUGGAAAUGGAAAUAUUGUGGAAGAUGAAGAAGGACUAGUAGCCAUUGCUACUAGUUAUUUUAGACAAAUCUUUGAGUCUUCUAAUCCACAGGAUAUUGAAGAAGCUCUAUCUGAAGUUCCUACGACAAUAACGGAGCCAAUGAACGAAAGUCUUACCGCACCGGUAACGGAGUGGGAGAUUAAAUUAGCACUCUUUGCUAUGCAUCCAGAAAAAGCUCCAGGUCCAGAUGGGAUGACUGCACUGUUUUACCAGAAGUUCUGGGAUAUAGUAAAGGAUGAUUUGACUCUUAUGGUUAAUAAGUUCCUUACUGAAGGGAUAAUGCCCAAUGGACUGAAUGAAACUAAUAUCUGUCUCAUCCCAAAGACAACAAAGCCUAAUGAGAUGACGCAGUUUAGGCCUAUUAGUUUGUGUAACGUGAGCUACAAGAUUAUCUCUAAGGUCCUAUGCCAGAGACUUAAGAAAGUGAUCCCAGGAUUGAUAUCAGAAACCCAGUCAGCCUUUGUUGCUGGAAGACAGAUUUCUGAUAAUAUUAUGAUUGCUCAGGAGAUGUUCCAUGCUCUCAGGACCAAGCCAAGCGGGCGCAACAAAAGAAUGGCUAUUAAAACAGAUAUGAGUAAAGCCUAUGAUAGGAUGGAAUGGUCAUUUAUUGAAGCUGUGAUGAGAAAGAUGGGUUUCUCAGAAACAUGGACUAUAUGGAUAAUGAGAUGUAUCACGUCAAGGAUUAACGCAACCACAAGGCAAGAGAUCAAAGAUGUACUUGGAAUACAGAAUUAUGGAGGGAUGAGGACUUAUUUGGGUAUCCUAGAAGAUAUUAGUGGCUCAAAAUGCAAGCUCUUUGCCUUCUUAAAAGACAAACUAAUGCAUAGAGUGAAUGGCUGGACAGGGCGCUGGCUCUCGAAAGGAGGAAAGGAGGUAUUGAUUAAGUCCAUUUUGCUUGCUCUUCCGACGUAUGUUAUGUCUACUUUCCUGCUCCCAUUGGAGAUAUGUGAAAACCUAGCUAGUGCUAUUGCCCAAUUCUGGUGGAGCUCGAAUCCCCCUAAGAGAGGAAUACACUGGUCGAAAUGGGAGAAAGUCUGCCUACCGAGAGAAGAAGGAGGGAUUGGAUUUCGCAUGAUUCAUGAGUUCAACUUGGCACUAUUGGCGAAACAAUUAUGGAGACUAACACAAAACCCGGAUUCGCUGGUUGCCCGUGUCUUAAGAGGAAGAUAUUACAGACUAAGCUCGCCUUUACGAGUAAAUUCUGUAAGUAGUCCUUCCUAUGUUUGGACUAGUAUAUCCGCUGCGAGGGAGCUUUUGUUGAUGGGGAUAAGGCAGAAAAUACACUCUGGUUAUGAGGUUAAGGUAUGGGAGGACCCCUGGAUUCCAUUGAAUCCUACUAGACCAGCUAUACCCAUAGCACCAGUUAUGAACCCAAAUAUGCGAGUGAGUGAUCUUAUUGAUCAGGAGUUGAAGGAAUGGGAUGUUAAUCUACUGGAACAAUAUGUCAGACCUGAUGACAUACCCCUUAUAAGGAGUUUAGCCAUAAGCACGACUCAUAGACCUGACACGUUUUGCUGGAACUUCACAAGACAUGGACAAUACACGGUCAAGUCUGGAUAUUGGGUUGCUCAAAAUCUAAUGAAGGAUGCAGAUGAAAAGCAAAUGUUAGAGCCAAGUAUAACAAAGCUCCAAGCCUUUGCUUGGAAGAUAAAGGCACCAAAGAAAAUUGGUCACUUCCUAUGGCAAUUGUUAACUGGUCAUGUGGCAGUAACGAGAAAUCUAGUAAGGAGAAACAUGAGAUGUGACAAUUACUGUCCGAGGUGUGGUGAACCAGAGGAGUCAGUAACACAUGCUAUUUUCGAAUGUCCACCUGCUCUACAAGUUUGGCUACAUUCAUCGACUCCAACUAAUCCUGGUGUUUUUCCAGCAUCAAGUAUCUACACGAAUAUGAACUACCUCUUCUGGGAAAAAGAUGGUUCACUUGAACCAGAGCUAGACAGGGACCCUUAUCCCUGGCUAAUUUGGUACAUCUGGAAGGCUAGAAAUGACAAACUCUUUAGAGGAAUCGACAGAGAUCCUCUGGAACUAGUUCGAUAUGCUGAGAGUGAGUGUCAAGCUUGGUUUAAUGCCAAUGAGAUGAUACCGCCAGUAGUACAACAGAGUACUAUACAGGAACCCCAAGUCAUAAGCUUGGGAAAUAUUUGCUUAUUGGAUGGAUCAUGGACAGCGCUAGCUCAAUUUAGUGGAUGUGGUUGGGUCUGGUUAGACAGUGGGGGAAAGACGCAACUCAUGGGAUCACACAACUUUCCCAGAAGAGAAUCAGCUCUGCACUCAGAAGUGGAAGCACUGCGGUGGGCGAUGGAGAAUAUGCUUCAACAUUCAACAUGCCAGAACUUCGGAACGGACUGCAAAGAAUUGAUCGCAAUGAUCAAGGAGCCUCAGGCUUGGCCAAGUUUUGCUACGGAGUUGGAGAGAACAGAGACACUACUCAUAUGCUUCCCGGAUUUCAAGAUUUCUUAUUCACCAAGCUUCAUCUGUGACCAUGGCCGUUCUGUGUCUCUGAGCUCGGGUUGUGUCUUCCGUUCAUCCGCCCUAACCACUGCUGCUUCCAUCUCGCGCCAUCUCCUCAGUCCAAGCCGUAUCGUCAUUCCGAGAGCUCACAUCGAGCAGUACAAGUUGAUGACAAAAAUCAUAAGCAAGAUGCAGCGGUUCGGAGCCGUUUGGAGUCUAAUCGAGGAGAUGAAGAAGGAGAAUUCUCACCUGAUCGAUCCAGAGCUGUUCGCCGUUCUCGCCGCCGAAGGCAUCGAGAUAACGUAUGUAAGUGCGAUUAAGCUGAUGCACGAGAAGACUAAGUUUCGUCUGCACUCUCACGAUAUGCCGUACGGAUCCGGCAGUGAUCAGCAAUCAGUCACUGGUUUUCCAGGCGUCGUUGAUUCAACAGCUACUGUGAUUCAUAUUCAGGUUUCCACUUGUGUUGACUCUGUUUGUGCUCAUGAUUCUUGUCGACCUGCUAUUGAUUUCAUCGUUGAGUUGAUGUAUGCUUCAUCCAUUCUCCAAGUGCCUGAGCUUGUUUCAUCUUUUCAGAGGAGGCUUUGUAACUUUGUGGAGAAGUAA